GCUACCUUUAAGCAAUUACUACGCAGCAGAGAACUAUAUUGAUUUUUUUUAAUGUUACAAAUUCCGAGACUAUAAAAUGCUUCUAUUCAUUUUCAACUUUAUGCAAUGAAUAUUCUGACUCUCUAUUAUGUUUGACUUCGUCAUACUAUUUGAUAUUUGAAACUCGAUAUUUCGCGCAAGCACAAGGGAGAAGGUAUGUGACACGGUGUAAGACGAAAGAAGAAGAUGAGGAGAAAUACGACUAAAUAACUUAACCAUUUUGUUACUCUGAAGAGGAUCGGGUCAUCCUUUGGAGAUCAUUGCUUAGCGUUCAUAUCUGCUUCUUGCAUGAGAUUUGAUUAUAGACAAAAUCUCACGUGGAACCCUAGGGAAAUCGUGCGGGGUGGCCAAACGUUAUCCUCUCCGAGUCGGACAAAAUCGACUCAAAUUUUUUAGGGAUUGAAUAUAAACGUACCUCAAGAUGUCGAUGCCACCCAAGAAGGGAAAAGACACAAAGAUGCGCAUUCGGGCUUUCCCGAUGACCAUGGAUGAAAAAUAUGUCAACAAUAUUUGGGCAUUGUUGAAAAAUGCAAUUCAAGAGAUACAGAAAAAGAACAAUAGCGGACUUAGCUUUGAGGAGUUAUACCGCAAUGCAUAUACCAUGGUGCUACACAAACAUGGGGAAAAAUUGUACACUGGCUUAAGAGAAGUUGUGUCUGAACAUUUAGUAAAUAAGGUGAGAGGUGAUGUAGAACAGGCGCUGAAUAACAAUUUCCUUCAGACUCUAAACAGUGCUUGGAAUGACCACCAGACCUCUAUGGUUAUGAUCAGAGAUAUCCUCAUGUAUAUGGACAGAGUUUAUGUGCAACAAAAUGGAGUUGACAAUGUCUACAAUCUUGGGUUAAUAAUCUUCCGUGACCAAGUGGUACGCUGUCCAGUGAUUCGAGAUCAUCUGCGACAGACACUGCUAGAGAUGGUGGCCAGAGAGAGAAAGGGGGAGGUAGUAGACAGGUGAGAAUACAUAGAGAGAAAGUGGGAGCUAGUGGACAGGUGAGAAUA